UCUUCCAGCCACUGAAUUCGGACCCAGGUGGACAGAUGGAGCAGCUUCCUUGUUCCAUGAAAGAUGGCAAGAUGAAACUUCUAUGGAUUCUGUCAUCAGGAAUUAAUUAUCUGCUCUUCCUGCUGUUUUCUAUCUUCCUAGCAGUCACCGGUACUACAAUCUCCGCCAGUACUCCAGUUCCUCCAGAAGAUAUCAGUGAUAGUCCAUCACAGGCAGCCAAUACCAAUCUUGCACCAACAAACGCCAGUUCUACCAAGAGCCCUUCCAGCAGCACAACUGCACAGCCAGUCAGCGUGUCUGUCAGCAGCACUACACCUUCACUGUCCACCGACACAUCAAUACUUACAAGAGAGGAUGCAAUAGCUGGUACAGCUGAAUGUGUGAGUGAAACCACACAUUUACCCAGGCAUAAAUCCGGAGGAACGAAUAUGGAAAAUCAUUGUGAUCUCACAAGCAGUGACAGCAAUUGUUGUUCUGGUCGUUGUUGCAACAGUUGCUGGGUGCUGCUUCUUUUGUAGAGUAAGGGACAUCUACGAACUUUGUUUUAAUCAAUGAGAGUUUGAUUAGUGAUUUAAUCAGAGCUAGGAUAAAAGUUUAUUGGACAGGGAGGAGGUAGUGAUUUUCAGGCAAUUUGCAUCCCAGUGUCUCAUGGCAGUUUCAAAGCAUUUUGUUACCCCAAGUGAUGUAUAACCCCAAUUAUCCAACCCCACUCCUCAGUUAGUUAUUUCCUACACAACGUGAGUUUGUGAAAAAUGACCUACAGUUUCCUGGAAUGUAAAGCAAGUCUAGAUUACCACUCUACUGCAGCUGUGAAAAUGAGAACCAGUGUCCUGCUCAUG